CGGACAAACAUUUGUUUAGAAGGAAUUGACAUAUCCCAAUACACAAAAACCAAAAAAAACACACCCACAUAGACAACAAAGGAGUUGAGCAAGAGGAUACAAAAUCGCCAGAAACAAGGGUAAACAAUCAUAAUCAACGAGCCAGAAGGAACACACACACACACACACAUCGAUAUGGCGCCAUUGCUUCCAUCUGAGAGCAAAGUGUACUCGCUUUCGCUCCCUGACGAGAGCCCUGAUCCUCGUCUUAAUCUCAGCGCCAGGGUUGGCGCAGCGCUGACCUACACUUAUUCAGCGGUUGUUAUACACGGCGGGCUGGCUAUGGAGCUGGCGCUACCGAAGGUGUCGAUAGAGACGGUGGAGCAGGCGCUGAGGGAACGCUGUGGAGACACACCGUGGAGCGACUUUCUGUCAAACGAGAUCUUUUACCUGAACAUCAUCACGAGAAGCUGGCACAGGUUUCUCCUUCGAGACAACACGGUGAAGCCUUGUCCCCGUCUGUUUCACUCGCUGACCUUUACAGGAGACUCCAUCUUCCUCUUUGGCGGGCUGUGCCUUGAUAGCCAUAACGCAGACAAACUUGUCCCCACGAAUGACCUCUGGGAGCUUACUAUAGACACUGGUGCCUGGGUUUGCCUCGACGAUGGCUUGCACUCUGGCAUUGUUAGCCGAUUCGAUCAUAGUAUUCUUGCAGUGAGUUAUAAAUCACCAGCGGAUCACAAGCAACACCCUGCAAUCGCAAUCAUUGGAGGAAGAGGCGAACUGAACCAAGAACUGAUGCACAUAUCCAUAUUUGAUUUGGAAUCCAAACAGUACGUUAACAACACAGAGAUGCAACUAAGCUUGAACGAAUUAAAGACAAGAAAUGACAGUGUUGGAUCAUCGGUCGAUCCCCAUGUAUCCGCGGGGACGCAAAGGGCAAAACUAAAGAUGUCCAAAGACAAUAGUUUUGUCAUUUCAGGCUCUUCAAAAGAAACCGGAGAAGGCUUGAAAGAUGAGUUUUUCGUCCUGUCACAAGAUAUAUCUGUGAUCGAACAUGGCAAAAAUCCAAUAGUGUCAUUGCCAAUAUCACCUAACGCUUCUGGUAUGAGACUACCCUUAUCACAAUCUUUCCACAGCAAUAAGAGUGUUGUGCCCCGUGGCCUGUGUCGCCCAACAGGAGAUGUCUUUGGAUCAAACAUUAUAGUUUCAGGUACGAAUUCAGCUACACAGGAAUUUGAAGUGUUUUCAUUCAAUAGACCAUCUCAUAAAUGGUGUCGUUUGAACGUUGAUAACAACAAGAGAAGAACAAACAUGUACCUUUGGAGAUCAUUCUCAUGGCAUUCCCAUCACAAAGUGUUAAUUCUUGGAUCAGCGACCCGCCCAAAAGACUCGUCAGAGGGAUACACCAUUCAGAAAUUCGACACAAUGGUGCUGGUGAAUCAACCGAUGAUAAAUUCAUUCUGUGGGGUGGCAGACAAUGAAGGAAAAGAACAACCCACCCCAAAUUUUGGCAAUCUGAAGAAGAGCAAAACGUUUGAGGCUUACUCGAAAUAUAUUGCACCAACAUCUAAGAUUAGGACCAUGGGGUCUGUAUUCCCGACGUAUGCUGUGACCCUUGGGAGAAGCGCUUUCGAGAGAUUUGGAUCUUCUCUAACGGAUUUCGAACUUGUAACGGCAGAUGGAGAUAGGGUUAAUGUUCCUCUCGUAUUGUUAAGAAAGAGAUGGGGCCGCUGCUUUGAUAUGUUACUUGCAAAAGCUUACUCGAGGGCUGUACAAACUUUGGAAAAUGGCAAAGAGCCUACAGAUGAGGAAGAUGACACCACCUCAGUCAUGUCAGGAUCCAAUAAGAGAUCUGUUCUUAUGCUUAACAAAGCGUCGUAUACUCGGGAUAGGGCUGAUUCACCACAGUUUCGCCUUCCCUUCCAAGAAAAGACACCUCCUACUCCACUAACACCUCUUUCAACUUCUGGUGAUACACAAUCGAGAAAACAAAGCGUGGUUUCAAUAGGAGCAGAAUCUAUCCUGUCUACAUCCACAUCUGAAAUUCCAGACUCGGUCAAUUUUGAGAAUAUUCCACCCGUCCAGCCUGAACCUACAGAACCGGUGCCGCCGCUUGACAUGAGAGUACCCAUGAAGCAAAUGAAUUCGAGGGACUAUCUUCGCGAUCCAAUGAGAGGAUCUAUAAGUGGUGCUUCCUUAGCAUCAGGAGGUACAAACACGUCUGCUGUGAGACCCAAAGAGCUGAAAACACCGGUUUCACUGUUAAAAAGACGCGCAACCUCGAGAUCUUCAAGUGUUCCGAACAUCGAUGAUGAAACCUUUUCAAACACCGGGUCCGAACUACUCAGUGAUGAUACUUUGAAAGGGUUUUUAGAGCCUCUAUUGAUUCCAAGAGCUCUUUAUCUUCCUUUCCAUACAGUAACAGUGAGAGCCCUCACAGAGUUUCUGUUUACCGGACAAUUGGGUGAUAAGUGGCUUUUAACACCCACUACAACAGAUAUGUUACUGAUUGCGAAAUUCUAUGAGCUCCCAUUGCUCUACGAUUUGAUUUCAGAGGUGAUUUACACAGUUAUUUCGAAGAAAGAGAGCGCUUUGAUGCAAGCAUAUGUUGACAUGAUUAACGAUUUUAAAAAGAAGCUCCAUGAAGUUUGUCAUAACAAUGAUGACUUAAUCAACACGUUUUGCACCACUCAUGCUCAUAUUAAGUCCAGUUUUGACCAAAUUGAAGGAUACCUUGCCACCGUAGACGAUGGGUAUUUCAAUUUGGAGUUACUGCGGAAAGCCAGCACUAUAACCAGCACACCGUCAUCCCCCAGAAGCAGCUGUGACGCAUCACCAAGACGUUUAUCUGCUCGUCGUACCCGUCUUGGUAAAUCAAGCUUGUCAAGGGAAAUAAGACACAUGGAUUAUGAUACUGAAGAGAGUGAUGAUCAGAACAGUGUAGUGGAGCACGUGAGUGUCAACAGAUCCCCAAUCAAGUUUCGUACAGAUUCUAUGUCUCGAUCAUCAUUAAAGAAGGUUGAGGUUGAGGACAGUAUUGAUCCAUUAUCAAAAACAGUAUCAAGUGUCAUUGACGAUGAUUCUUUAUCACCAAAAGACAAUGCAGAUGUGACUCAGAACAGUAAGAUUGUUUUAACAGUACCAGAAGGUGAAUUUUCAAUGGAAAAGCAGAAAGUGAAAGAAUCAAGCUCGUCACCUAACGAUACCGAUAACAAAACAACAUCUGAUUCCGAUGAUUUAGGUGUUGGACUUGGUCUAGUGAGCAAUGUUACAGUGAAAAAGAAAUCUUCCACAGACAAAACCAAUGACAAGAACAACCAAGAAGAAGAUGAUGAAGAAGAAGAAGAUGAGGAACAUUUGGCUACAUGGGAGAAGAUUGCAGCACCAGAUUCACCGCCACCAGAUGAUUCUCUAAUGAAAAUAAUAUAUGAAACAGCUGCGCUUGCAUGUGAUAUGAAAAUGUUGUUACGCUGUUCAAAUGCACUGGACAUGUCCAAAGCUCUUGAGCAGAAGAAAGUCGAAUGCUUAAAGGAACUUGAGGAAUUUGGUAAUAGGCUGUUAGCGAGCGAUUUGGAGCGUGACAUGACAUUGACACCUGCCAAUAUUGAAAAUGAAGGACUGAAACCUCGAUCAGUGAAAUCAGUGAAGUCAGAAGAGUCUACAUCUGUUGAUAUAGAUCAUGAGUUACAAUCAGCUACUAUGAGAAGAGGUGAGUCCAUUGAGACAACGGCAACUGCCGGCACUACUGCAACUGCAGCUUCCUCUGCAUUUGAUACCGAGUCUAUCAUAUCCAGAAGAACACUUCGUUCCAAACUUCCAAGGAUAGGCUCGCUUGUAUCUUUAAGCUCAACUGCUGGACGGAAACCAUCAACAGCCGGUACUGAUGAUAGAAGAGCUCCUGGAAGUUCUACGAGCAGGGACAAGAAGAAAUUUUUGGGUUUCAUGCGCAGAGCGUGAUUUAUUAUCUAAAAGUAUAUAUACACAGCAUGUAUAUUCAAGCAGACGGUAUAUCUUUGAGACACUUACUGUGUACAUCUAGCGAGAAUCGAAAUGGUAAACAUUGAACUAAAACUGUUAACCAGGACUACGAGAAUCUCACAAAAGGCGGAUGUCAAAAGACCCCAAAAACAAAGUUCAAACCAGAAAAACAAGAUAACAAAGGACACAUCUGAAGAGAUUUCCCUAGUCACGAUCAAGGAAUGCGAACACUGCUUUCCC